AUGUGUGGCAUCAGCUGCAUCAUCAGCCUUGAUCGCGCCCAAGGGCACGCAGCCAACUGUCUCAAUGACCCAAAGACAUUGGCGAAGCAGCUGGACAAUAGCCUUGAGCUGAUCAAGCAUCGUGGUCCCGAUUCGAGGGGCCAGUGGAUCAGUCCUGACAACAAAGUUGCUUUCGGUCACGUCAGGCUAGCAAUCAAUGAUCUGUCCCCAGAUGGUGCUCAGCCAUUCCACGACGAGGAUAACAACGUUCAUGCAGUCGUGAAUGGCGAGCUCUACGACCACGAGGCUCUACGUGCAUCCUUGAUUGAGAAGACGGACUACAAGUUCAAAAGUCGCAGCGAUUGUGAAAUUGUGAUCGCCCUGUACAAGUACUAUGGGCUGUCUUUCCUGAGCAAGCUUCGUGGAGAGUUUGCACUAUGUGUCUACGAUGCACGCACCCGGCUGUUCAUUGCAGCAAGAGACCGCUAUGGAAUCAAGCCACUGUUUUACACCUUUGUCGAUGACAAGCUUUUGGUCGCUGCUGAGGCUAAGGCUUUCUUGCCGCUCGGAUGGAAACCAGAAUGGGACGUCGCAAGUUUGAAAGAGGCAGGAUGGAACCAUGAUGCUCGCACUAUCUUUAAGGGCGUCAGAAAAGUCCGCCCAGGCCAUUACAUCACCUGUCAGUCCUUUGACAACCUCGAGUCACGGCCUUAUUGGGAUAUCGAGUACCCCUUGAAGACUUUGAAAGAGCCACGAUCGGACCAAGAGAUGAUCGAAGGCGUCAGAGAACAGAUGCUCGAGGCAAUUCGUGUGCGCCUCCGGGCCGAUGUGCCAGUGGGUGUUUAUCUAAGUGGUGGUAUUGACUCCUCAGUCAUUGCUGGCAUGGUCACUCAUCUGGUGAAAGAGCAGGGCGAGCGCAUGGGCAACGACAAAGAAACCGAGCGCGUGAGUUGCUUCAGUAUUGCCUUUGACGAAGACAGCGGCUUUGAUGAAUCUGCAAUUGCAAACAGGACUGCCGAUCACCUCGGUGUCAAAUACUACAAGAAACAUAUGAAUGAAGCGGAGCUUGCAGCCCGCUUUGAAGAUGCCACCUGGCAUUGCGAGCACCACAAUCCUGACCUUAAUUAUGUUGGGAAGUAUGCACUGUCCGAGGUGCCGCAAGAGCUUGGGUUCAAGGUCGUCUUGACUGGCGAAGGAGCAGAUGAGCAGUUUGGUGGGUAUCCGAUGUACCUGCCCGACUACCUCCGUGAACCAGAUCUUGCGUAUCCAACAAACCCACUUUCAGAGGAUGCACGGAAGAUACUAUGCGUUAAAACCGACGAGGAGGCCAGUGCAUACUACGAGUCUAUUGGUGCAAAUGGUGCCAAUCGCGGCCCAUCGUUACCUCGGCGCAUGCUUAACAACAUCACUACAGUGUCUUCGAUGGCAGCAUUCUCGGCCGAUAGCCUGUUCGCUGACUGGACCAACUGCUAUGGUGCAUGCGACCCACAACUCACUAUUGCAAACUCGGUUGACGGCCGCGUUAAGGAUGUGAUAAUGGAAAAGUGGCACCCGCUCCAUUCAGCACUGUAUGUUUGGCAGAAAGGGCAUCUCUCCAACAUCUUCUUGUCCUGUCUGGGUGACAGGACAGAGAUGGCGCAUUCUAUAGAAGCCCGGACGCCAUUUCUCGAUCAUCAUCUGACUGAGUAUGUCAAUGGACUGCCACCGAGCGUGAAGAUCAGAUGGGACUCAAAAGAGAAAAGGUUUGUUGAGAAAUGGAUUUUGCGAGAAGCAAGUAAGCCCUUCAUCACGGAUGAAUUGUACAAGAGAAAGAAGCAUCCGUACUCUGCGCCUACGACGUACCCAGAGGAUGGUCCUCUGCAAAGGCUGCUUGCCGAAUUGCUCACAGAAGACCGUGUUGAACAACUCGGCUUCAUUGCAUGGAACAAGGUCCAAGGCCUUGUCGAAAAGGCAUUCAAGCACAAAGAUGCGAACGCAAUGCGCUUUGCGUUCACUGUCGCCCAGUGGGUUGUCAUUGGUGAACGGUUUACAGUGAAGAGAGCUGGGCCGCAGCGGGCGGAGCGCCCUUGA